AAGUUUUUUGAAAUGAAGAAAGGACAAUGUAAAGAUGCUCUAGAAAUUUAUAAACGAUUUCUAACUAGAAUGACACGAGUGUCUGAAUUUCUCAAGGUUGCAGAGCAAGUUGGUAUUGAUAAAGGUGACAUUCCUGACCUCACACAGGCUCCCAGCAGUCUUAUGGAGACCCUUGAACAGCAUCUAAAUACAUUAGAAGGAAAGAAACCUGGAAACAAUGAAGGAUCUGGUGCUCCCUCUCCAUUAAGUAAGUCUUCUCCAGCCACAACUGUUACGUCUCCUAAUUCUACACCAGCUAAAACUAUUGACACAUCCCCACCGGUUGAUUUAUUUGCAACUGCAUCUGCGGCUGUCCCAGUCAGCACUUCUAAACCAUCUAGUGAUCUCCUGGACCUCCAGCCAGACUUCUCUGGAGGUGCCACAGCAGCCGCGGCACCAGCACCACCACCUGCUGGCGGAGCUACUGCCUGGGGAGACCUUUUGGGAGAGGAUUCUUUGGCUACACUUUCCUCUGCUCCCUCUGAAGCACAGAUUUCAGAUCCAUUUGCACCAGAACCUGCCCCUCCUACCACAACUGCUGAAAUCGCAACUGCUUCGGCUUCUGCCUCAACUACUACCACUGUUACUGCUGUCACUGCUGAAGUGGACCUCUUUGGAGAUGCCUUUGCAGCUUCUCCUGGGGAGGCCCCUGCCGCAUCCGAAGGGGCCGCCGCACCAGCUACCCCAACCCCUGUAGCAGCAGCACUUGAUGCAUGUUCAGGAAAUGACCCCUUUGCCCCGUCUGAAGGUAGUGCAGAGGCUGCACCUGAGCUGGACCUCUUUGCAAUGAAGCCACCUGAGACCAGUGUUCCUGUAGUUACCCCUACAGCUAGCACAGCCCCUCCGGUUCCCGCAACUGCUCCUUCUCCUGCUCCCACCGUUGCAGCUGCCACUGCUGCCACUACCGCUGCCGCCGCUGCCACCACUACCACCACCUCUGCUGCCACCACCACCACCACUGCUCCUCCUGCUCUAGAUAUCUUUGGUGAUUUGUUUGAGUCUGCUCCUGAAGUCACUGUAGCGCCUAAGCCAGAUGCUGCUCCUAGCAUAGACCUGUUUGGUACAGAUGCUUUCUCCUCUCCACCACAAGGGGCCUCUCCUGUGCCUGAGAGUUCUCUCACUGCUGACCUCUUAUCUGUGGACACAUUUGCAGCACCAUCUCCUGCAACCACUGCCUCUCCAGCAAAGGUGGAUUCUUCAGGUGUGAUAGACCUUUUUGGGGAUGCAUUUGGAAGUAGUGCUUCUGAAGCCCAACCUGCACCUCAGGCUGCUUCUAGUUCAUCAGCAUCGGCAGACCUACUAGCUGGAUUUGGGGGUUCUUUCAUGGCCCCCUCUCCAUCACCAGUGACUCCAGCUCAGAAUAACCUGCUACAGCCCAAUUUUGAAGCAGCUUUUGGAACAACGCCUUCAACUUCUAGCAGCAGCUCCUUUGAUCCAUCAGUGUUUGAUGGUCUAGGUGAUCUUCUGAUGCCAACCAUGGCACCAGCUGGGCAGCCUGCACCUGUCUCAAUGGUACCACCCAGUCCCGCAAUGGCAGCCAGCAAAGCCCUUGGGAGUGAUCUUGAUUCAUCUCUUGCCAGCUUAGUAGGCAAUCUUGGAAUUUCUGGUACCACAUCAAAAAAGGGAGAUCUUCAGUGGAAUGCUGGAGAGAAAAAGUUGACUGGUGGAGCCAACUGGCAGCCGAAAGUAGCUCCUGCAACAUGGUCAGCAGGCGUUCCCCCAAGUGCCCCUUUGCAAGGAGCUGUACCUCCAACCAGUUCGGUUCCUCCUGUUGCCGGGGCCUCAUCCGUUGGACAACCUGGAGCAGGAUUUGGAAUGCCACCUGCUGGGACAGGCAUGCCCAUGAUGCCUCAGCAGCCAGUUAUGUUUGCACAGCCCAUGAUGAGGCCACCCUUUGGAGCCGCAGCUGUGCCUGGCACACAGCUUUCUCCAAGCCCUACACCUGCCACUCAGAGUCCCAAGAAACCUCCAGCAAAGGACCCAUUAGCGGAUCUUAACAUCAAGGAUUUCUUGUAAACAAUUUAAGCUGCGAUUUUUGUGACUGAAUAGGAAAAAAAUGAGUUUGGAGACUUCAAAUAAGAUUGAUGCUCAGAGUUUCAAAGGGAGCCACCAGUACCAAACCCAAUGCUUACUCAUAACUUCUCUUCCAAAAUGUGUAGCACAGCUGUGAAAGUGAACAUUAGGAACGUGUACUACCUUAGCUGUUAUCCCUGCUCUCGAAACUGUAGUGUAUUUGGGUUAUCUGUGUGUUUUAAGAUGUAAACAAUGAAUGGAUGUUUCUGAUGCCUUUUGUGCUUUUCUGAACCUCGCCCAUGGACAGAUGAUGCAGCUGUUGUGUGGUGAGCCACUUGGAAAGAUGUUUGUGUUUUUGAAGGUUUCGAUGUAUAUAUAACUUUGGACAAACCCUAAUCUCUCCCCAUAAAUUCUCUUUUCUUCUGUAUCUCUGUUACAAGCGUAGUGUGGUAAUAUCAGAUAGUAAGAAAAACACUCUUAAAUAUACAAAACUUUUUUCUGUGUGGAGUACAUUUUUCCAAUCACAAGAACUUCAACUGUUGUGAGAAAUGUUUAUUUUUGUGGCACUGUAUAUGUUAAGAAAUUUUAUUUUAAAAAAUAUAAAGGUUAACGUCCAUUAAAAAAAAAAAUACUUCUCCUUGAAGCUACCUUAUCAAGAAUGAAAAAUCAUAAGGGAAGAAUUCCAUAUUUAUCACUGCUAUAUUAAAAUAUAUAUUUUAAUUAUCUUUAACAGGUUUUGCAUCUAAAUUGAUCUAUUUAUUCAUUCUUGAUUAAAUGCACUGACAAGUAAAGGGUCCGUUUCUUUCAUGUCUGUGAAAACGCAAUUAAAGAUGUACUAUUCAAGUGAUUAUGGAAGCACCCCAAGUUAUAUCUGUAUCUUAAAGAUUACUGCAAAUAUUUUUACUUUACUGUGCAUUUUAUGUACAUCUGUUAAUUUAGUAUUUCUUUGUGUGUGUUCUCUAGACUAGUGUUCUUCCAUCCUUCAAUUGAUCUCAAAGUAGGUUUUGUUGUAUCAUUGUGGUUAGGAUUUAAACAAAUUCAGAGAAUUGUAUCCUUUACUGUACAUACUGUAUUCUUUGAUUUUUAAUUUGUUGUCAUACUGUCUGUGCUGAUGGCUUGGCUUAAGAUUUUGAUGCAUAAAUGAGGUCACUGUUGAUCAGUGUUGCUAGUGGCUUGGCAGCUCUUCGUAAAAGCAUACUGGAUUGGAAAGGUAUUUGCCUAUUUUUCAAACUAUUUAAUAGAUGUAUGGUACCAUUUAAAAGUGGUUGUAUCUGAAUUUACUGUGGGGAUAACAUAAACUGUAAUAGGGGAAAAUUACCUAAAACCAAUUUCAAAAUGGCUUUUCUUUGUAUUUCGGUUUAAAAAUCCAGUGCAUGUAUGCCCUCUGAGAUGCAAUAAACACCUUGAACAAAGAAAAUGCAAACAAA